UUUCAUUCAGUUAUUUAGGUUUGAAACACCUUCCACUGGGGAACUGUCUUUUGAGAAUGUCCAAGCUGCGGAUCCUGAACUUUCAGCACAAUCUCUCCAAAAAACUCCCCGUGCAGAAGAUGAGGACGAAAUGGCUGAGCAUCAAAGACAGGCAUUGCUUGAGGCAUUGGGGAAGGAGAACCCAAAGGCGGAGGCGAAGGAAAUGAUGCAGGUGGCAGACACGAACAAGGAUGGGUACAUUGACUUCUUGGAAUUCAUGGAAGUGCACCGCAAAGGUAUAAAGAUGAGUGACAUCCAGAGUGCAUUCUGGAUGUUUGAUCAGAAUGGUGAUGGGAGGAUCAGCGCCGAGGAGGUGAUGGCAAUGAUGGUGAAACUCGGGGAGCGGUGCAGCUUGGAGGACUGCAAGAGAAUGGUCAGGCAGGUGGACAAGAACGCUGACGGGCUUAUCGACAUGGAUGAUUUCAUGGCCAUGAUGACCUCUACCUUGAAAUGAAAUUGGCUUUGAGUUCUUCGGUACACUCUUUCUAAAUAAAUAGUAGUUUGUAUAAAAUGGGGUUAAAAAGUAUAAUGAUGUCCUUUAGAUGGAGUCAAUAGUCAUUGCUGGCAUCUGGGAGGGAGAGUAAA